AACAGGAAAAUAUGAAAUAAAACGAAGCAUUGUAAUUGGUUAAAUCGCCAGACUGGUUGUGGUUAUUGUAAUAAGCUACACAAGAAACCGGUACUUUUAGGUCAUGUAGUACUGUUAUACUUAUGUCAUUAUGUUCGACCGUAAUUUUUAAGCCAGCUAGCUAUCUAACGUUUACCGGAUAUCUUUUGUAUAGCGUUAGCUUCAUCUCGGCUAACUUUACAAUAGCUAUCUUGUCGAUAAGGAAGUUUAUCAAUGCGUUUUUGGUCCAAAUACAAACGUCUAUCCUUAAGGGUUAUGGUCUCUGUCUCACUGGCUAUUUUUGUCAUGAAAGUAUACCUCGUGAAGUGAGGUUACUCGAAACAACUGGAGAAGUUGAAGCACAACAGAGCAUCCAAAGCAGCUGGACACCUACUGACGCUGUGUGUGGAGGAUGUCUUCACCAAUGUACUACAACCACGACAGUGUUACUCGCUUCAAGAAAAGAAAAGCUCGUUUCUCUUUUAGUGAAGUCCACAUACUGUUGGAUGAAGUGAGGAAGCAUCGUAUGGUUGUUGUGGGCAAGUUUAAUCGUGGUGUGCCAACAGACAUGAAGAAGCGCACAUGGGCAGAGAUUACUGCUCGUGUCAAUGAGAUCGGGGAGUGCCAACGUGAGGUCAUUGAGGUUAUCAAGAAAUGGUCAGAUCUAAAGUGUGACACCAAGAGGAAAGUGGCUGCCAUGCGGUCAGGAACAGUGCCCAACAGGGGUCUCAACUCGCGUCUCUCCAGAGAUCUUAAUCAGACAGAGAAAAUAGUGCUUCAGAUUCUGGAGAUGGACGAUGAAGAUCAAAGCACAGGUGACUUUGGCCCAUUGGGAGAUGAUGACGAUGUGCCAGAGGAGGAAGAAGAAAUGGAAGAGGAGGACAUGAUUGGAAUGCAAAGUUCUCCUAAUGGCGGAGUGGACAUAGCUUCAACUUCCUACAGCAUGAGGGACUCAUCACAACCCUCCUUUGAUGUGCCGUAUGAAGCACCUGCGACAGAAGAUGCUGAACCUGCAUUUGGAGACUCAGACGAUGACCAAAGGGAUGACGUGCUUCCUUCCACUCAGGCUGCAAAACCAUCAGAGGAUCACCAAGGAAACAAUGGCAUCCAGAAACCAGGACAACCUCAGACUUCAUCAGGACCUUCAACGCUUCCAGUUCCAGGUCAGCCCUCGCAGAACACGAGAGACACCAUGCUACAUAAUGCAUCCCUGAGCCUUCAAGAGCAGCACGCCACCAACAUCCUGUUGGAGACCGUUUCACGCUCCCUGGAGCUUUUGUCUGAGUCAGUGCAGCAGCUUGCAGAGACUCAGCAGGAGUUUGUGCGCGAGUCGCUGCAGCUCCAGCGGGAAACGGUGCAAGUUCUCAGAGACUUCACAGGUGGAGCCAUUGCACUCAUGCAUGACAAACUGAAUGGACGACCAGCGUUAUAGCAACAAGGUGUCAGAUGAGAGAUUUUUGUUAAGUUGCAUCACUGACUGUAUACAUGGCCUUCAGGUGCAAGAACCUCUAAGUUUCUCUGGACUCCACUGCUGGUUACUGUACUUUUUGAUAGUACUCAACAGAUUUUCUGUGGUUAUAUUUUAAAAUUGUCUGUGAAGUUACGUGAAAAUGGAUGGAGAAAAAAAAACAAUGUUAGCUAUAAAGAAAGAACAUGUGGAAGGAUUUUUUUUUUUGCUACUGAAAGUGAGACUCCUACCACUUGUAUUGUAAACAUUGUUUUCACUAAGCAUAAUCCACAUUUAAAGCCUUCUGUUAUUGUUGACAUGCAGGAAGUCAGUGAGUCAAAUCCAUUUGUGUGUCCUUGUGUGAGGUGUAGUUGCAUCAGUGUCUGGAGGUUAUCACAUGUACUGUAAUGGUGAGUGGAUUUCUGCACCUGACCAUUAUAUGGUCUAUACGUCUGAAAGCUAAGUUAGAUACUUUGAAAAUACCUGUAACUGAAUAAUAUGUGAUUUUUUUCCCCUUUUUUACAUUGCAACCAUGAACACUUGAAUAUGGAAGUUUCAAUAAUUUCUUUUAAAUAUGGAAUAAACCCCUCGUGUAUUUAAACAGAA